AUCAAAUGUUUUCAAACUUAGGAAAUUAUGCAAACAAUUUAGUAUAAGCAGUUGGAGCAGCAUUGAUAGCUCCUCCUACUAAGUCUGUCUUUCUAACAAAAGGUAUGUUGACCCCAGAAGAAUUUAUUAAUGUAAGGGAUAUUUAAAUUCAUAUCAGGCUGGAGAUCGAUUAAUAAGUAAUGGAGGCAAUUGGAAAUGGUGUAAGGCUAUUAGUGAUCAAUAUAAAAACAAAUACUUACCAAAUGACAAAUAAUUUUUAAUCCAAGAAAACAUUAUAUCUUAUAAAAGAAUUAAAGAUUUAAAUCGAGGAGGCAAUUUCACCGAAUAGUAGGAAGGCGAUGACGUUACAAUUAUUAGAUCAGAGGAGUAGCCAAUUCAAGAAAUUACAUAAAGUUAAGACAGAUAUUACACUUUGUACAUUACAUAUGAUCUCUAUUAUUUCACUCCUCGAUUGUACUUGAGUGGCAAAGUUGAUGAUAGACAAUUGACAUAUUAAGAAGUCAAAGAAGUAUCAUUUAAUCUUUAUAUUUUCAGGAUGUGUCAGGAGAGUAUGCAGAUAAAACUGUAACUGAGGAGAAUUUCCUUGAAUUGAAUAUCAAGCUACCUACUAUUCAUCCUUGUAAACAUGCAGACACUCUUAAAUUCUUUGUAGAUUAAAUGAGAGACAAUGGAUGUCCAGAAGAGAAAAUACAUCCUGAUAAUUCAUUAACCAUAUUUUUGAAGUUCAUGAAUUCGGUCAUUCCAACAAUUUAAUUUGAUUUUGUUAACACCAUUGAGCUUUGAUUCAUUUAUAAAUUAAAACACAAAAUUUAUAAUAUAU